GAGAGUAAUAAUUCUAAAGAAGGCCAGGUCAAAUUGGGUAUUGAAAAAGUACAUCUAGGGACACUCUGAUAUUAUUAUUUUAUUUAUAAACUAAAUUAAAAAAAAGCACAAAAACUAGUACAGUACUCCGGGUACAGUGGUACAGUUUAAAGUAAACUGAAACUCUUUAGUCUUCAGAAGUCAAAAAAAUACCAAAGGACAAGACUUCCUCCUCUUCCUUGGCGCCCUUUUACCUGCCCUAUCUGGACAGGUACCCAUCUCUUUUUCUCUGUUUCUUUUAUCAGUAUCACCUGUCCACCAUUAAUGCAUGGAUUAUAUUCCUCGCCGACUACUCAAUUCUUGGUUUUUCUUGUUUCUUGCAAGGAAAGGUUGGAGCUUUUCUUUCGCGGGUUCUCUUGUGUCUUGUUAGGAAAAAGAUUGGAGCUUUUUUUUUUUGGUUGAAGUGAUAAGAGAAGGAUGGAAUAUACAUUGCCAGUAGCGAAAAGAACUCGUAGCUGUACAGCAGCACAAUGGCGUGAGAGAUGGAAAAAGGAAAGGAAUGGAAAAGAAGUUAGCAGUAAUGCCACUUAUUCGACAAGUUUUAGCGGGUUUAGACAAGUUAAUGAGGGUAAGAGUUCCAGUGAAUCUUGUCGAAAAGAUAAUCGAGAUGGGUAUGGCUGUGAUUAUAGUGAAGGGAAGGAGGUUUCCGUGUCAGCUAGCUUUGGUGGGUAUAGAAAAGUAGAAGGGGAAAAGAUAGUGGAGAGGAAGAAGACGGCUACUACUGCUUGUUCAAAGGGUAAUGGGAGAGGGAAUUUAGGUUGGGACGAUGAUAGUAAUGACGAGAUUGAUUUGGGUGGUUCUAAUUUUGAAUCUGAUGGUGUAGAAAGUUUGGGGAGCGAGGAUGUUGAGAAGAAAGGUUGUAAGAAAAGUGGGAGCAUGGAGGUGGAAGAAAGCUGUAGUGGGCGCAAAUCAUCAUCUAAUGGGGAGAAGGAUAAUGAUGAUGAUGAGAUUGUGGAGAUUUCAGAUAGUGAAAGUGAGGAAAUUCUGGUUGUUGAGAGCGAAGAGAGUGAAGAGGAUAAUAAUGAUUCAGAUGGUGAGUAUGAUGAAGAGGCAACAUCUUCUGACUGUUCUUUUGAUUUUCAGGAGUCGAGUAGUGGGGAUGAGGAGGAAGAAAACGAGGGGGUUUCGGAUUAUAGGGGGAAAGGAGAAAAGGUUGAGCUUGGAUUGAAAAGGAAAAAGAGGUCCGGAAUGGAUUUAAAUGGUUCUGAUGAUAGCAAAUUUGAUGUUAUUGAUGAUGAUAAAUAUUUCUGUUCCGUUUCAAAACGGACAAGAUCACGAUAUCCUUCAAAAUCUAAUGAUAAGAGAAUUGACUUUGGAUCCAGUAGCUGUCCUUUGAGUGUUGAGGAGGAUGAUCUUAAUGAUUUUGAAGGCAGUGGUGAUAAUGGUGGUGAUGAUGAAACGUCCGGCCCUGAUCAGAAAGCUAAGUCAAGAAAAGGGAAACUCAAAUCUAAGAAAAAGAAAGGUGAUAAGCAUGUGCAGGAAAUCUGUGGGGGGCAGCACACUAAAAAGAGAAUUCGUGCCUAUGAUGAUGAUGAAGUUGUCAAGAUUCUUGGAAAUUCCAUAUUUGACAAGGAAACUGUGCUUUUGGAAGUGAUUAAUGAGCAGGUCAAGCCGAGUCUUCCAUUGAAAUACACAUUUGGAACUGAAGAAUCAACUCCAAUAGAGAAAUCAGAAGAAGAAAAGGAAUUGGACAAUCUUUGGGCUGAAAUGGCCCUUGCCCUUUGUGCAAAUGAUGUCACAGAGGGCAAAAGCGAAGCUGAUGUUUGUCCUGAAGUUGAACUUGAUACUGCUGCCCUUUGUCACCGAGGGAAUCACCAAUUUAUUCUUGAUGAAGAGAUUGGAAUCAAAUGCAGAUUUUGCUCUUUUGUAGAUCUGGAGAUCAAAUAUUAUACUGCACCCUUUGGUAAACAGCCAUGGGGAAAUUCAGAAAGGAGAGAUGGUAAUGGAGAAAAACUUGACAUCUUUGAGGAGCUUCACAUUCAAGAUUCUGAUGAUGACUCAAAGCAUGGGUAUGAUUCUUGCACUCAUGCGCAAGGCACAGUGUGGGGCAUCAUUCCUGGUAUUGGAAGGGAUCUCCAUGAACAUCAACGUGAGGGUUUUGAAUUUCUAUGGAAAAACAUAGCUGGAGGGAUUUAUCUGGAUAAGUUGAAAGAGCGGACCCGUUUUGAUGGUGGGAGUGGAUGCAUAAUAUCACAUGCCCCUGGGACAGGGAAAACCCGUCUGGCUAUAGUCUUUCUUCAGUCCUACAUGAAAUUGUAUCCAGAGUGUAGACCAUUGAUUAUUACCCCCAGCACACUGCUGCUUUCCUGGGAAGCAGAAUUCAAGAAGUGGAAGUUUGACAUUCCAUUUCACAACUUGAACACACAAAAGUUCUGUGGCAGGGAAAAUGCAGCUGCUUUGAGGCUUAUUAAAUCUGGACAGCACAGUAUAAAUUCUGUCCGUAUGGUGAAGUUAUAUUCCUGGAAAAAGGAUAAGAGUGUCCUUGGCAUUAGCUAUAAACUUUUUGAAGAGCUUGUCAGAGAAGACAAGAAGAGAAGCAAGACACAGCAGAAGUCGGAAGAUGACAUGCGCAAUGCCCUUCUUCAACUUCCUGGUCUUUUAGUGCUUGAUGAAGGACACACCCCACGCAAUGACAAUAGUCUUGUCUUUAAGGCAUUAUCUAGAAUUCGAACAGAUAAGCGCAUUAUUCUCUCGGGAACCCCUUUCCAAAAUAACUUCACUGAGCUUUUCAAUACGCUUUUGUUGGUGAGGCCAAAAUUUGCAGAUUCGUUAUUGUACAACUGCAAUGAAUCUUUUGGCAAGAAAAGACGUGGGCGGAAGACAAAUGGAGCAAGAGGAACUUGGGCAUCUCUGACAGGUUCCAUUGCCAAAGAUGGCAAUGACAGAUUUAAAGCUGAGAAGUUGGAGGAGGUAAGAGCAAUGAUCAAGCCCUUUGUGCAUGUAUAUAGGGGCAAUAUACUACAGCAGAGACUUCCUGGCUUGAGAGAUGCUAUGGUUAUUCUGCAACCAGUCCAAUUGCAGAAGAGUCUCCUUGAUAAAGUUCAAGGAACAGGCAAUUUCCAUUCGGAAUAUUUGGUAUCUCUGGUUUCUCUGCAUCCUUCUUCUCUGUUGCUGCUUAAAAAAAUUUCUAAUUUGGAAAAAUUUGCUGAACGUAGUGUGCUAGAAAAGCAUAAAUUGAAUCCAGAAAUGGGAGCUAAGACAAAAUUUCUUAUGGAAAUUAUCCUGCUUAGUGAGGCCAUGAAGGAAAGGGUAUUGGUCUUCAGCCAGUAUCUUGAUCCAUUGAAAUUGAUAGCCAUGCAGCUUGAAUCUAGGUUCCAUUGGAUCCAAGGGAAGGAAAUAUUACAUAUGCAUGGAAAACUUGACAUGGGCGAGCGCCAAUCACUGAUUAAGGAUUUCAAUGACAGGAAGAGUGAAGCAAAAGUGAUGCUUGCAUCAACAAAGGCUUGUUCUGAAGGGAUAAAUCUUGUUGGUGCUUCAAGGGUCGUUCUACUUGAUGUUGUGUGGAAUCCAUCAGUCGUAAGGCAAGCUAUAAGCCGGGCAUAUAGGCUUGGGCAGGAGAAAGUUGUAUACAUUUAUCAUCUCAUCGCAUCAGAAACAUUGGAAGAGGAUAAAUACUGUCGGCAAGCUGAAAAAGAGCGGUUGUCAGAGUUGGUGUUCGACUCUUCAGACAGGGCCUCUAGUCCACAGAAAAUAUCACCCAAGGUAUCAGAUGGUGAGGAGGAUAGAAUCUUGGAAGAGAUAGUUCAGCGCAAGAAUUUGAGAGACAUUCUGAAGAAGAUAGUUUACCAACCCAAAGAUGUAAUUGCGGAAGACUUUGGCUUCCUCAAUCUGUAAGUAACAUGCUGGGAGCUGCUGCUGGUAAUUUUUCAUCCUUUUGAAGCUGAAACACUGAUCUGUUUUGGUCCAAAAGUCUAGUGACUAUUGGAAGUGUUGGCCAAUACUCAAAAUUACGUAAAUCAGUACAUUACAGAUAUAGUGCGAGAAGGUAGGCUUCAUUGUUCUUAUUUUCUGAGAUAUCCCAGUUCUUGGCUUAGGCGACAGUUUGGAAUAUAUCAUUCUUUUUGUUGAUCAAUGGAAUAUAUCAAUUAACUCAUGCAGAUGUAGAUACAUCUAUCUGGUGGAACCAGUUAUUGACGACUUCUUUUUUACCUUAUAACAUAUUUUUUCUUUUUUGUUA